AUGGCAAGCCAAAUUACAAAACGAUCAUUACAUGGGAUAAAAAAUGGUUCUACGAAAAAAGAUAAGAAACCUAAAUUUAAAAACACACCCGCAGGCAAAGUGGCCUUGGUAGACAAUAUGAAAGGACGGAAUAAGAAUAUAGCUCCACGGAAAAAGUUCCAGAAAAAUAUAGGUGUAAAGAAUAAUCAGGAUUCACCUAAAAAAAAAUUGAAACAGUUGGAGGAAAGAGAAAAUUCUCCCAAGGGGAAACAAAAUAUUUCAAAGGAAAAGCAAGCUACGAGUAAGUCACAAAAGAAUCAAGGCAAUAAAAAAACUAAUUUCACAAAAAAAGAGUUAGAAGUUAACUCUGAGUAUGAUUCUGACAUUAAUGAGGGAAUUAUACCACAAGAAGAAAUCAGUAUGAUGGAUGAAGUAUCUGAGGAUAAAGAAGGAUCUGAUAUUGAUGUUCCGGAUAUCUUUGGAGCAAGUUUAGCAGAGGAUUCAGGUAUAGAUGAUGAAAAUUUUGAAGAUGAAAAAGAAGAGCAAAAGGAUGAGGAAAAAGAUGAAGAAAGCGAAGAAGAUGAUGAUGGUGAUGAUAAUAGUGAUAUAGAUGAUGAGGAGGAAACAGUUGAACACAAAGGUGUACAAAUAUUUAAAGGCAUAAAAUCAAAUGCCAAAGAUCAGAAUUUGGAAGUAAGUAAGGAUAAGGUUGAUGAUGAUGAUGACGACGACGACGAGGAAGAUGAUGAGGAUGAAGACGAAAAUGAUGAUGAGGAUGAAGACGAGGAUGAAGACGAGGAUGAUGAUGAGGAUGAAGACGAGAAUGAUGAGGAAGAAGAUGAGAAAAAAGCACUUGGCUUAAAAUCACUUCUAGGAAAAAGUAUGACAGAUGACGACGAUGAUGAGGAUUUUAAUGAAGAAGAUGAUGAUAUUAGUGAUGAAGAAGAUGAUAGUGCUGUAAAAGGUGUACAAGUAAAAGCUGGAAAAGAGAAAGCAGUUAAAACUUUUAAUGGUAAAGAUGUCUCUAAGAAAAAUAAACAAAUAGAGAAUAAACCAUUAUCUCCUGAAGAACAAGAAGAGAUUGAUAAAAGAACUAUUUUCGUGGACAAUAUUUCAAAAGAAACAAAAGAAGCAGCUCUGAAGAAAGUAUUUGGUCGAUAUGGACCUAUUUAUAAUAUACGUUUUAGAAAUACCUUGCCGACGAAAUUAAAACUGUCCAAGAAAGUUGCUGCUAUAACACAAGAUACUCAUCCAAAAGCAAUUAGUGUUGUAGCGUUUAUUAAUUAUAAAUCCCAAGAAUCUGCAAAUAAAGCACUUUGUAUGAAUGCAAAGAAAUUCGAAGGAAAUUACGUAAAUGUGAAAAUUGUCGCUAAAUCAGAACAAGAGACAUACGAUAAGAAAAAAGCCAUAUUUAUAGGAAAUUUGAAAUUUGGUAUCAACAUCAACUCUGUCUGGGAAUACUUUGGUAAAUGCGGGGAAAUAAAAUCUGUGCGGUUAAUGUGCGAUCAUUUAACGGGGCAAACAAAAGGAUUUGGUUACAUUAAUUUCAAAUCUGAAGAUGCUGUAGCGUUGGCUCUAAAAUUAAAUGGUACUGAAAUUGAUAAUCGACUGGUAAGAGUACAGCCAUGUGAGGAUAAAUUAGAGAAAUCGCAAAGCCCAAGAAAUCAGGGAAAAAGAGAGAAACGAUUCAUAUCGAAUAAAAGCCACGAUAAUAGGCCAUCAAAAAAAUUUAAAAAGAACUCACAAGAAGCUGUAGUACGUCCAAUCGAAGAUGAAAGGAAAGUUAAGGGAAAAAAGCCACAAAGAGAUAAUGAGAGACCCGAGGGAAAAGUCUCCAAGUGUUUUCAGAAAGCCGACGUGAAAAACAAGAAGAAGAAAGAGAUGGCAGGCGGCAAGCCUCAUGGCUAA